AAAAAACACCUCACUGGAAGGUGCGACUUUCCUUCUGGUCUGUGCGAUUUACAUCGUUCCUUUUUCCAAAUCCCAGUAGAAAAAGAACCUUCCAACAUGGCCGACGAAGAGCACCACGAAGAGUUCGAACAAGCUGGGUCUGGUGCCUCCCUCACCUACCCCAUGCAGUGCUCUGCAUUGCGCAAGAACGGCCACGUUGUGAUCAAGGGUCGCCCUUGCAAAAUUGUGGACAUGUCUACUUCCAAGACUGGAAAGCACGGUCACGCUAAGGUCCACUUGGUGGCCAUUGACAUCUUCACUGGCAAGAAGCUCGAAGACAUCUCACCCUCUACUCACAACAUGGAUGUGCCUAACGUCUCUAGGACUGAGUUUCCUCUCCUGGACAUUGAUGACGGUUUCCUCUCUUUGAUGCACGCUGAUGGAAGUACCAAGGAUGACGUGAAGCUUCCUGAGGGCGAACUCGGUGAAAAGAUGCAGGCCGAGUUCCAAGACGGGAAGGAGCUCAUUGUUACUGUUGUCGCUGCUAUGGGCGAAGAGCAAGCCUUGUCUUACAAGGAAGCGCCUAAGGGCAACUAAAUCAUGUAGCGUAAUCGAUUACUCCGUUUCCCUGUUCCGCAAAGUGUACAGCCUGGCCCCUUGGAUAGGUCCCCUUGCCUGGGUUUUUGAAAAGGCACCAUUUUUUUUAUAAAUUUUUUCUUUCUACUGUAUUCUUGCUCUUACCUGAUGCGACACUUUACAUGCGAAUACCAAAGCAUGCUGGGAAUCAUUCGUAUCCGUGAUUUUUUGAUCGAAACGGCCCUGCUCUCCAUACCAUCUGUGUCCAGACAGCAGCCUGUUUAUUCUGUUUAAAG